CAAUGGCGCAAUCGUCAAUUCGUCAUCGCGCAGGCGGCACUUUCCACGCCAACGCCACACGCCACCAAGGGGAAGAAACGAUCCGCUGAUCGGCGAUCGCCGGACGAUUCUGAUCUGUUCUCCUACAAAGCGGGCUGAUUCCCGGCGGCACUCCUCCCAACUCCCUUCCCCCGAAUCCCCGACCUGACUCGCUGGCACCAACGAGCCAGUGAAGUAAACGCCUCCCAUGGCGGCAGCAGCGGAGCGCCCCUCGGCCGGCGGCUUCGUGCUGUGGCUGCACGGCUCCGGCGGGUCGGGCGACGAGAGCCGCCAGCAUGUCGCGCCUUACUUCUCCGACCCGGGGAUCGUCUCCUCCGUCCGGCUGUCCUUUCCCACCGCGCCCACGCGUUCCAUCCCCUGCUACGGAUGCAAUCUGCUCUGCUGUUUCGCGCUGUGGCUGCUUUGCAAGGCUCGUGACGCGGUGAUCACGGCUUGGUUCGGCAUCUCGGAGGUUCCUAUCACCGCGAAAACUGUAAGAGAUGAGAAAGAAGUCCUUAAAGCUGUUGAGUAUGUCCAUGAAUUGCUAGAUAAAGAAGUAGCUGCAGGAACGAGUCCGUCAGACAUAUUCGUUUGUGGGAUGAGCCAAGGAGGCGCUCUAGCCAUAGCGAGUGUUUUACUCUACCCAAAAACUUUAGGUGGUUGUGCUGUCUUCAGUGGUUCAGUUCCACUGAAUAAAUCAUUCGCUGAAAAGGUGUCACCUGAAGCUACAAAGACGCCGGUAUUAUGGUUUCAUGGAAUGGCAGAUGGGUUGGUCCUAUUUGAAGCAGGACAUGCUGGGUGUGCAUUUUUAGAGGAGCUUGGUAUGUCCUGUGAAUUCAAGGCUUAUCCUACCCUUGGACAUUCAUUGGUUGACGAAGAGCUCCAGUAUUUUCAGCAAUGGAUCCUGAAUCGUCUAGGGAUGGCUGCCUCUGGAGCAACUGAAACUGCAAGGCCAUCAUCGUCAUCUAACCACAAGGAUCUCCAAUAGCUAUGUUGUUUGUAGUUUUAGAACAAUUCAUGGCUACUAUUUUUUGUUACGUGGCACAUCAGUUCUCGUUGUGACGAACGUAAAUCUCGCUCUUAAUUUCCUGCAUAUUUUUGAGGAAAAAAACGGCAUCAGAUCAAAUUUGAGUUUGUAUCACCAGGUAAACGACUUUUAUAGGAGGGUGCCAAAGGAAGGAAUAAUACUUCCUGAGUUGUAACGUGAUCCGAGAAAGGUUUAUGAUAAUAUCAGUAGUUGACUUCCA